GGCGGCAUCUUGAGUUCAAUUUCAGUUGAUAUUCUGUUAAAUUCGCGAACGCGUCGCGCCUGCAGCUCCCGAUUUGAUGGAGAGCCCCACCUCAAGCCCAAUUUCCGGCGAUAAGAGAAAGUAGGGAGGCAGAAGAGGAAAGAAAGAAGAGAGAUGCCACAGCAGGCGAAGGACAUCAACGAUAACGUCGGCAUGGAGGCGCACAUCUACGAGAAUCUGCCGGGCCUGACCUCCACCCCCAAAGGUCAACUGAACGCGGAGCUGCGCAAGUAUUUUCCGCGCGAGGCGAUCUACGAGAAUCUUUGUCGGGGUUGCGGCUACGGCGUGUUUGCCGCCCAAGGACGCUACUGCCAUUUCUGCCAGUGCAUCGUGAGCGGGGGCGUGGUGAGUACACCGCCUCCCCCACCGCCACCGCCCCAUUCUCCGAUUUCCGGCGAGAGCAGCAACAUCUAUGAGAACAUCUGCGAUUUGUGCCGCGGCAUUUACAGCGACAACGAGCGGUGCCGGUGUCAAAGGUCAGAGACGCCAGCCAAAGCGCCCGCUUCGUCCACACCACCCACACCGCCGACGCCACCCACCAAGGUCAAGUCGCGGUCGCUCUUGGGCUACUCCAAGUCCAGUGCGGCGACCUUGACCCGUCUCUUCGGCUCUCUUAAGCAGCUGAACCGUUCGUCGUCGCUGCAGCGCAGGAUAUUCCCGAGGACUCCCACGAAUGGCAGUGGCAGCGCUGGCUCCCUGGAGAUCAUCCACAACGUGGACGAGGUGUUCCGCACCCAGGAGACCUUCGACCUCCAGCGCAUUUGCGAACUGAAGCUGGAGCAGCAGCAAUUGAAGGGCAGCCAAAGCGAUCAGCACAUCUACGGCCGCGUAAGAGAGCCAGGCGAAGAGAGCCAGAGCCAGAAGAGAGAGCGCAAGAAGCCGCGCGUCUCUCGCAUUCGCCUGCUGCAGGACGAAAGCACAGCGGAUGCAUCAGCAUCCUCAUCAUUGUAUCUCAACGAGAGCAUCUGCCAGUGGAUGACCUCCCUGAGGCGGCAGGUGCACCACUACGACGAGGGGCCGUGGCAGCAGCCAAAGAGCGUGCCAGCGCGCGAUCCUUCAUCCUCCGCCGAGGAGAGCACGGUGACACUGCGGAGAAGCACGGAGGAGAGUGCAAAGUGUGCGGACGAGCAGGCGAAGUUGGUCAAGGACUUUAAGCGAAAGCUUCAGCUGAAGAGAGCGCAGAACGUGGAGCCGGAAAGAGAGCAACGACGCUGCGCCAUCACGGCCAACUUUGUGAAUGACUAUCUGAGCGCACUGGGCGAAGAGAAAGAGGCAGUGCAACGGCAACAGGUGGCCGCAAUCGAAGAGCACGUCGCAGUCGUGGCAAUCGCAAUUCAGCCCCAAGUCUCUGUAUCUCUCUUGCGCUUGAUGCAGAGCCUCGCUCUUUCGGCCAGCUUGCACGUGUGUGUGCGUGGCUUUCUCACCGCCUAUGACAAAUCGUUCAGCUUGUGGCUGUGGCACCAGCAACAACAACCACCGAUCAACGGUUAUCGGCGAAGGAGAGCGCGUGACUCAGUUGUUGGCGUUGUGGGGGAUUGGCGACGGCGCCUGCCUCUCUUCGCCAUCUCCUCCGCCGACAGCAACGAUCGUUCGCUGGCCUCGGCUUCGGUUUCAGUUUCGCCAGCGAUUUCAGAGAGCGUAGACGUGUGUGCUGCUGCUGCGUCGCGACGUCGCGCGAAUCGAACUACGAAGCGAAGAGGGACACCGAUAGUCAGUGAAGAGGGUGUGUGCGGGGGCGAGAGCUCCACCAGCAGUAACAACACCAAGAAAAACAAUAAUAAUAACAGUAACAACAGCAGCAACAACAACAGCGGUGCUUUGAUGGCAGCGCCUAAGCCAAAUGGCGAGGCAGAGCGCCCCUCAACAACCAGCAACAACAACAACAUCAACUGCAGCAGCAACAACAACAACAACCAUCACACAGUUGACACUGAAAGCGGCAUUACCAACAACAACAACAACAAUAACGAUAGCAACGCCAAUUGCAAUGUCAAUGAACAACAGCAACAACAACAACAGCAGCCAAUCACACAGAAUUGCGUUAUUAAAGUUCGACGACCGGCGCCAAAAGUACCCGUUCGAAAUCCGAACACAUCUUUGAGUAAUCCCCGCCAAACUGAUGAGGAGCUGGCGAAGCCGAACGGAGGGGAAAAGGAUAACCUGAAGGGGAACUCUUUUGCCGCAGAGAAUGCCAGCCUAGAGGAGCAGGAGGAGGAGUCCAUUUACCAACCCAUUUGGCAGUUCAAGACAAUGGAACCCGUCGAUCAGGAGAUAAUUGAAGCCCUUCCCGUCGAGGGCGACGAUGAGGAGGACGAGGACGAGGAAGACGACGUCGUGGAUGACGAGGAGGAGGAUCUGGGGGACUACGACGAGUCCCUGCCAUCCGAUGCUGAUGCGGAUGUGAUGGCUCUCCAGGCGGCGGCGGUCUUUGCUGCCGGAGUGCGCCACAAGUUGUCCACGUCGACGCUGACCAAGCGUUCCAAAAUGAUGAUGCCGACGCCCCUGCCCUCGCCCACCGCCUCCAUGGACCACGGAGCGUGGGAGACGGACAUGGAGUUCAUGUACUCGCGAGAGAGCAAGGAGGAGGCGGAUGAGACGCUAAGCCUGGGCAGUACGGUGACGAACAGCACAGCGACCUUGGGCUCCAUCAGCAGCACUGGCAGCAGCGUCACCGGGCAGCCAAAGGAUACGCCAAAGGAUGUGCCAGCGGAUCAGCAGCCACCCGCCGUGGCGCCUACGAAGCUGGCGGAGAUCGUGCCUCUGGUGCAUCCGAUCCUGAGGAACAUUUGCAUUUUCUACAGCCAAAAAGAUCCGAAGAAGUACAGCGCUAUAUUCUACGACUACCAUCGUUCGCUGGUCCACCAGCGGUUCAUGACCCGCAUCCGCCGCCCGGCACCACCGCCACCCGCCCAGGUGGCCACCUCGAACACCACGAGUGUGGCACCACGCAGCGAUGACAGUGGCUGCAGUUGCGAGGCGGAGGAUUCGGAUCCCCACCAGCACAACCCCACGCCGGCCAUUCCGAAGCCCUUGAAGGAGGAGUGGGAGCGGGCCUUGCUCGCCGCGGGGGCGGUGGCCGGCAAGAGGGGCGUGGCUCCGCGGGCGGGACGCAAGCUGCGCGUCCGCUCCAAUGCGAGGCUGCUGCUCACGGACUCCGUGCUGGCGUGGCGGGAUACGCUGCAGGAUGUACACUGCUGCGAGGACGAGGAGGACAUGAUUGUGCCAGUGACUGACAUUCUGCGGGCGCAGCAGAUCCAGGAGGACAAUGAGGUGCAGCAGACGCAGCAGACCACGAUUCUCCAGCGCUACAAGAGCGUCUCCAUUGGCAACCUGCUCGAUCUGCCCGGCGAGGAUGACAAGAAGUCCAUCAAGAAUCGCAUGCGAAUGAAGUUCGCCGUCAACAGCAAUGUGUUUCGCAUCAACCGUUCCCCGAAGAGCGAGAAGAAGUCGCGUUCACGGCGAGGCCAGGUGAACAGUUUGUACCUGGACGAGCAGAAGUAUCCGCUCUUCGCCGCUCCGCUCAGCGCAUUGGAGCUAAACAUGACCGAUCAUCCGAAUGUUCCACGCUUCGUGGUCGACGUUUGCACCUACAUCGAACAGCCGGAGUGCAUCGAGCAGGACGGACUGUACCGCGCAUCGGGCAACAAGGUUCUGGUGGACGAGCUGCGCAAGAAGCUGACCCACGUGUACGAUCCCCGCUGGCUGAAGACGGACGACAUCCACACGCUGACCAGUCUGCACAAGCAGUUCUUCCGGGAGCUCACCUCUCCGCUCAUCACACAGGAGGCCUACGAGCGCCUGGACAGGAGCCUCAACGACGACGCCGCCAUCGAGCGGAUGAGCUUGGCCUUUGACGACAUGCCGGAGCCGAAUCGCUCCACGCUGCGCUUCCUCAUAAGGCACUUGACCAGAGUUGCCGCUGCCAGCGCUUCGAAUCGCAUGCCGUCCACCAAUUUGGCCAUCGUUUGGGGUCCUUGUCUGCUGAGUGCCAAUCAGAUAAAGCUGGACAUCGGACGCAUGAACAUGCUGGCCAAGGUGCUGAUCGAGAACUAUGAUCGCAUCUUUCAUCCGGACAACGAGCGUCUAGUUUGCUAGAGAUGCAGGCUACCCGCCCUCCGCUGCCACGCCCCCUUCUCCGCACAUCACAAGAUCGAGCAGCAUCGAUAUACAAGUGCCUCAAACAUCAAACAUCACCCCUCUCACCCUAUGUUUAACAUAAGAAUACUUUUUUUUGUUGUCAGCUUUAAAUUUACGUGUUUUUUCGCUAAUUUUAAUGUUCUAAUUACUUUAUUUAUUCAUUGGAAAUGGGAAUUCGCAUCGCCGAGCCCAUCACGAAAAUACUUACCAAAAAGACAGUAGACUAAGUUUAUACUAAAGAUAAUUGGGUGAACCGCAAGAAAACAAAAAAAAAAACGCAAAACUAUAUACAUUGUGGCGGUACAGUGAGCACUGCCUGCGGCCAACCUAACAACAUGACGAAAUAUUAUUUUUUUUACAUCGUAUAUAGGAUGUGAUAUUCGCUGCAAACCGCAAAGCGUGAAUAUAAUUUGUAUUUAUACCUAUAUUAAUGAACCAUAUACAAUAUACGAAUAAAGUCCAAUACAGUAGAUAGGCUA